CUCCACGCUCUGGGCCGCUCUGGCCCGCUCGGCCCUUCUCGCUGGUGGGCUCGUCGACUCCUCGGUGCGCUACGCUUCUCCGGCCGUCAGGGGCGGGCGGGACCUCGGGAGGGCUGCUCUAGCCCGCGACGGCCGCUCGACUGCUCCGCGGCGUGGUCCUUUGGCGCGCCGAGGUUGCCGCCCCCCUGGCCGUUUCCCGGGCAACGCCUCCCGGCCGUUCCCCCGGCAACGCGCGGCGGGGCCCCGGCAGUCUCCGCGAUGGACUCCCUGUCUAGCGCCGGGCCCCGCCGGCCUCGCGACCGCCUCGGGGUGAGGUCCUCCGGGUCGCGGGCUGCGGCGACGCCCUGGGCGCGCUUCUCGGCCUGGCUGGAGUGCGUGUGCGUGGUCACCUUCGACCUGGAGCUGGGCCAGGCGCUGGAGCUGGUGUAUCCCGGCGACUUCCGGCUCACGGACAAGGAGAAAAGCAGCAUCUGCUACCUGUCCUUCCCUGACUCCCACUCCGGCUGCCUCGGAGACACGCAGUUCAGCUUCCGAAUCCGUCAGUGCAGAGGGCAGAGGAGCCCCUGGCGCGCCGACGACGGGCGCUAUGACAGCGAGGCCCCCGUGACGCUGCAGAGGGAGUCGGCGCACUACUUCGGCUACGUGUACUUCCGGCAGGUGAAGGACAGCUCCGUGAAGAGGGGCUACUUCCAGAAGUCCCUGGUGCUGGUGUCCCGCCUGCCCUUCGUCCGGCUGUUCCAGGCACUGCUGAGCCUGGUGGCCCCCGAGUUCUUUGACAAGCUGGCACCCUGCCUGGAAGCAGUGUGCAACGAGAUCGACCAAUGGCCGGCCCCCGUGCCCGGGCAGACCCUGAACCUCCCUGUCGUGGGAGUCGUCCUGCAGGUGCACAUCCCAUCCAGGGCGGACAAGCCGGAGCCCAGUCCUCUGAAGCAGUGUGGCCAAGAGAACCUGCUGCCGGCGCCACUGGUCCUCACCAGUGUCCACGAGCUGGACCUGCUCAGGUGCUUGCAGCCCGUGCUCACCCACGUGCAGACGCUGUGGGAGCUCAUGCUCCUGGGGGAGCCCCUGGUGGUGCUGGCGCCCUCGCCGGCGGUGUCCUCGGAGAUGGUGCUGGCCUUGACCAGCUGCCUGCAGCCCCUCAGGUUCUGCUGCGACUACCGCCCCUACUUCACCAUCCACGACAGCGAGUUCAAGGAGUUCACCACGCGCACGCAGGCCCCACCCAACGUGGUCCUGGGAGUCACAAACCCUUUCUUUAUCAAGACACUCCAGCACUGGCCCCACAUCCUCCGCGUUGGGGAGCCCAAGAUGUCAGGGGGUCUUCCUAAACAGGUCAAGCUGAAAAAGCCCUCGAGGCUGAAGACCCUCGACACCAAACCAGGCCUGUACACCGAGUACACCGCGCACCUGCGCCGCGACAAGGCGCUGCUCAAGCGGCUGCUCAAGGGCCUGCAGAAGAAGCGGCCGGCAGGGGUGCUGACCACGCUGCUGCGGCGGCACCUCCUGGAGCUCACGCAGAGCUUCAUCAUUCCGCUGGAGCACUACAUGGCCAGCCUCAUGCCCCUGCAGAAGAGCAUCACGCCCUGGAAGACUCCUCCCCAGAUCCGCCCCUUCCACCAGGACGACUUCCUGUGCAGCCUGGAGCAUGCUGGGCCCCAGCCCACCUGCAUCCUCAAGGGUGACUGGCUGGGCCUCUACAGGCGGUUCUUCAAGUCCCCCCACUUCGAUGGCUGGUACCGGCAGCGGCGCAGAGAGAUGGCUCGCAAGCUGGAGGCCCUGCACCUGGAGGCCAUCUGUGAGGCGAACGUCGAGACCUGGAUGCAGGGCAAGUCGGAGGUGGAGGUCGUGGACCUGGUCCUGAAGCUGCGGGAGAAGCUGGUGCGGGCCCGGGGCCACCAGCUGCCCGUGAAGGAGGAGACGCUGCAGCGGGCCCGGCUGUGCGUCGAGGCCGCCGUCCACUCCCUGCCCAAGGACCUGCAGGCCGUCCUGUGCCCGCCCUAGGACGGGCCAAAGGGAGGGGCCUCUCUGCCCCCCGGGGGCCUAGGACUGGCCCGGUGCGGGGAGGGGCGGCCCCCCUCAGGCAUGAGCUCCCCCACCCAGGCUCCCGGCGCUCCCUGGCCUUGGCCCCCUGCCCCGCACCGCUUUGUCCCCGCAGUAAAGGUGGCACUUGGAAC